AUGAAUACCAUCUUUCAUGAUCUGAUCGGCCAGUCAAUUGAGGUAUACAUUGAUGAUGUGAUCAUUAAGUCUACAGACUUUGACACACAUCUGGUUGAUUUAAAAAAUGCUUUUAUACGGUUGAAGCAGUACAACCUGAAAAUGAACCCAACAAAAUGUGCCUUUGGAGUUUCGGCAAGGAAUUUCCCGGGGUUUUUAGUACAUGAAAAAGGGAUAGAAAUUGAUGGAAACAAAGCCAAGGCUGUUCUGACAAUGCGGUCACCUCGGUCGGUCAAAGAAGUGCAAAGUUUUUUGGAAAAGGUAAAUUACCUAAGGCAUUUUAUAUCAAAUGCUGCAGGGAAGUUAAAACCUAUCACAAAGUUGCUACGGAAUAAGGCGGCCAAUUUCUCUUGGGGUCAGGAGCAGUAUAAGGCAUUAGAAGAAAUCAAGCAGACGUUAAUUAAACCGCCUGUCUUGGUUCCCCCAAGAGGAGACCGACCUCUUCGGCUGUACGUUGCGAACAGCUUAGAUGUUGUUAGUAGUCUGUUGGUGCAAGAAUGGGAGGAUGUUUUUGCGUGUACUCGGCUGGAGCAUUAUAUUUUGCCAAGAGAAACCGAGGUGGUUUCUAAAAUAGAUUUGAUCAGAUUAAUUCUGCACAGACCAACCAUGCAGGGAAGAUUAAUGAAAUGGGCCAUCAAGUUGGCUCCUUUCGCGUUGCGACAUCGACCUAUCAAAGCGGUGAAAGGGCAGGUUGUAGCCGACUUGUUGGCUGAAUUUGCAGGCAAUGAAUCAUUGGAAAACAAACUUCAAAUGGAAGAGAUGACUCAUAAUUCUGCGGAAUACGAAGCAUUGAUUUUGGGUUUGGAAGCACUUAUCGCUAAAGGAGUACAAUCGGUCCUAAUUUGUGGAGAUUCUCAACUGGUCAUCAACCAGGUGUUAAAAAGAAUUGCGGAGGUAGUUUUCGAGCAUGUACCAAGAACAAAGAACCGGUUGGCAGAUAAUUUGGCUCAGAGUGCCUGCCAGCAAAUGAUCCGUAGCAUUGAUUCCGGGACUGAUUGGAGAACAGAAAUUAUGGUGUAUUUGCAAUCACCAAGUUUUGUAACUCAUGUGGGCGUUCGAUUGAAAGCUUUACGUCUCCAGCUUAUUGAAGGGAUUUUGUAUAAAAGAACCUUUGAAGGAGUUUCAUUGAGGUGUCUGGGGCCUGAGGAAUCCAUUAAAGUAAUGGGAGAGAUUUGCUAUGGGGUGCCAAGAAUGCCAGAGACAUGGUCCGUUAAAUCAUCUGUCAAUAGUAGAAUUACAGACGAUGAGUCAGUUCUUUUGAAGAAUGCGACGCAGAAAGAGGUGAUCGAGUUCGUGCUUAAUUACAUCGUGUAUCGGUUUGGAAUUCCGCACACGCUUACAACCGAUCAAGGGUUGAUGUUUACUGGGGAAAAAUUUGUUGAGUUUUUGGCCGAAUUUAACAUCAAAUGGCAUCAUUCUUCACCGUAUUACCCACAGGCGAAUGGGCAUUGUGGGCCCACCGAAAUAGUAGAAAUACUUCUACUGAAUUUUCCCCCAUACCAAUUAACGUUCGGGCAAGAUGCUGUUUUACCUGCAGAAUUUGUUGUGCCUUCACCCAGAGUGACUAACACAACAACGUGUAUUGACGAGGCGUAUGCACAAAGGAUGUUGCAACAAUUGGAAGAAGUGGAUACAGAUCAAUUAAAUGCUUUGGAUCAAGUGAUUAGACAAAGUGAGAUUAGGGCGAAAUACUAUGGAGAAAGAGUAUUCCUUAAGGCUUCUGCAGAAGGAGAUUUGGUCUGGAAGACAAUUCUGCCUAUCUAUAAGAAGGUGGAUCAACUAGGGAAGUGGUCUCCCAAUUGGGAAUGUCCUUUCGUCAUUCAUAAAGUAAUUGGGAAUGGAGCUUUUAUUGUCAUAAAUCAAGAAGGAAAGUUGGUACAUGAGAAUAUUAAUGCUCAGUAUCUGAAAAUGUAUUACCCUGCCUUUUCAGGUCAUUGUCAUUAA